UUGCGUAAUACUAAAUGUAGGUCACAUAGGGCAGUGAAAACAGUGUGCAUUCUAAAGCACAUCGUGACAUUGAACAGUCUGGAGUACGUAUGAAACGAGAACUGGACAGUAGCAAACAAUGCCUGAUCUAUUCGCCUUCAGUCCUACAACUGUGUUAUUGUGUGUAGCUGUGCUAGCUGUGUUAUGGCUGCUAACGCGGCGUCCAUCCGGGCUCCCUCCCGGGCCCCUUCUCCUCCCGUUUGUGGGGAAUGCCCUCUCCAUGGGCUCCGACCUCCGCAUCACGUUUAAGAAACUCAGGCAACAAUACGGUGAUAUCUUUAGUGUGUACAUGUUGAACACACCAGUCAUCGUCCUCAACGGCUACAACACUCUGAGAGACGCCAUUGUCAAGAACGCCGAAGUCUUUUCUGACAGGCCAUACUCAGUGUUAACUGACUUCAUGUUAAAAGGGAAAGGUGUGUCUGGUACCUCUGGGGAGCUCUGGCGCGAACAAAGACGCUUCGCCCUCAACACUCUCAGAGAGUUCGGAGCAGGCAGGAACAUCAUGGAGAACAAAAUACAUGAGGAAGUCUCACAAUUUCUCGAGGCCUUCGAGGCAGAAAGGGGACAAGGCUUUGACUGCAAACGUCUGGUGAAUAACGCAGUAUCCAAUGUCGUCUGCUCCACUAUGUUCGGCAAGCGAUUUGAAUACACCGACCCACUUUAUGUUACAUUUUUGAAAGCAAUUGACGAUAUUUUUGCCGAUUUAGGUGCGGCUGCUGUGUCGAACGUGCUGCCUAUUGUGCGCUUUCUGCCAGGGGAUCUAUUCAAAUUUAAGAAGACUAUGCGGAAUAUGGAUACCAUUACUACACUUCUGAUAGACCCUAUGAUAAAGGAGCACUUACAGAACCACGACGAUGAUAAUGUAGACGACUUUAUCCACGCCUACAUCAAGGAAAUGCGACUUCGCAAAGACAAGCAAGAGGACACGACCUUAGACUUGGAGAACUUGGCCAUGACUAUUGCAGACCUCUUCCUGGCCGGCACAGAAACCACAGCCACUACAAUUCGAUGGACACUGGCCUACUUUCUCCACAACCCGGAUGUACAAGAAAAGUGUUUUCGGGAGAUCCAGGAAAAUAUCGGCCAGAGCAGACGACCCUCCAUGAAGGACAAGACUAAUCUGCCGUACGUGGAGGCCACCAUUAUGGAAGUGUUGAGACGUGCGGAUAUCGGGCCUCUCUCACUCCCCCACACCGUUCCCCACGAUGUACAGUUCAGAGGGUACACGUUCCCAAAAGGUGCCAACGUCAUAUUGAUGCUUGACUCGGUCCUACAAGACCCGGAUGUGUGGGGCGACCCAGACAUCUUCCGUCCCGGCCGUUUCCUUGACGACACUGGCAAGAUUGUAAAGAAAGAAGAGUUCAUUCCCUUCUCUCUGGGUCGACGAGUCUGUCUGGGUGAGUCGAUGGCCCGGAUGGAGAUGUUCCUCUUCCUGACCACCAUGAUCCAGAGGUUCAAGUUCGUCCCGGUAGAUGGCCAGAUGCCCUCCUUGGAUGGAAUCUUUGGCAUAACCAAUUCUCCAAAACCAUUCCUCAUGAAAGCUAUUCACAGGAUUUAAUUAGCUUAUGAGUGAGGGAAAGGAUAGAUAGAUAGAUAAAUAGAUAGAUCAUCUUUAUUUCCUCCAGUUGAUGAAGAUACAUUGAUAUGGGAUAUUACGGUGUUCUACAAAUGUAUAUAUAUAUAACAGCUGAUAUAUUGUAUGUACAGGCAGUUUCACAUCGUUAUCAAAUAAUGUUUCUUGGUAGGUUUUUCCACAUUUUAACAAUUUUACAUACACGGAGCAUUAUAUUUGUCAAUAGAUUGUAUUCAAUUGCCAUAGUACUUUCGACCGCCUCCGUGGUCUUGUGGUAGAGCGUCCGCCCGGAGAGCGGAAGGUCCAGGGUUCGAUCCCGGGCCGCGUCAUACAAAAAGACGUUAAAAGAUUGUACUUGUUGUUACCCUGUCUGGCG